AUUUCUUAUAGAAGGAAACCAAACAUGAUGAUGUUUAAGAUUUCACUAGCAAUUGUUUGUGUCAUUGGCUUAGCCACGGUCCAUGUCUCCCUUGCCCAAAACUCACCACAAGACUUCCUCAAUGCUCAUAACGUAGCUCGUGCACAGGUGGGUGUUGGACCCAUGAGAUGGGAUGCAAAAGUAGCUUCUUAUGCCCGAAACUACGUUGAGAAACUUAAAGGUAGCUGCAAACUUGUGCAUUCAGGUGGGUCUUAUGGCGAGAACCUAGCAUGGGGUAGCAGUGACCUUUCGGGCACAGCUGCUGUGAACAUGUGGGUAGGAGAGAAGCCCAAGUAUGACUACAACUCUAACUCUUGUGUUGGUGGAGAGUGCCGCCACAAUACACAGGUGGUUUGGAGCAACUCAGUGCGUUUGGGGUGUGCCAAAGUUCGAUGCAACAAUGGUGCCACCAUAGUCAGUUACAACUAUGACCCUCCAGGCAACUAUGUCAAUCAGCGUCCCUAUCUAAGAGUUAUUCAAGAACCUCUAGGCAUCUAUAUUGGGACAAAAUUGGCAAAUGCUCUUUUCAGGCAAAAAAAACAACAUUAUGCCCCCUUUCCCAAACUAAUUGAGGAAAUACCCUUCUUUUGA